AUGUCUUACACUCCAAACUCAUUCGUCGGUGUUUUAUAUGGUCUUAGCGUUUUAUUUGGCAUUUCACAUGGUGUCGGUAAAUUAAAUACCUUCAAAUCAAUUGCCAAAGAAGAUUUAUCAAAAGAAAUUAAAACUACUGCUACUGCUGAAAAAUCAAAAGCAUACCAAGAAGGUUUCGAAGCUGGUGUUAAAUCAACUCAACCAAAAGCAGGAGGUGUCACUUAUGGUAGUGAAAUCGAAAAACUCAUUGCUGAAACCUGUGGUACCAACCUUUUACAACAAAACUAA